CAUUAAUUGUUUCAGAAUGUAAAAUGUCCGUUCAGGGACAGACUACUAUAUAUCCCUCUGGGUCUGGUCCCGGACUACCAGCUGGAGGGAUCAGCUCCGGAGCAACAACAGCCACAACUACAACAAUAUCUAACUCCUCCCAACCCAUGAGCUCACCAACCAGUACUCCACAGCUCUCUUCAGAAUCUCAAGUAUUGGAUAGAAACAGGCUAGGAGAGCUGGUGAAAGAAGUUGACCCGUCUGAGCAGCUGGACGAGGAUGUUGAAGAGGUUCUUCUACAGAUUGCGGAUGAUUUUAUUGAACAGACGGUUACUCAGGCCUGCGCACUGGCCAAGCAUAGAAAGGCCAACACUAUAGACGUGAGGGACGUACAGAUGGUUCUGGAAAGAAGUUGGAACCUCUGGAUUCCAGGGUUCGGAGCUCAGGAGCUUAGACCUUACAAACGGGCCGCAUCCUCUGAGGCCCACAGACAAAGACUGGCCGUCAUUAAAAAAGCCCUAAAAAAAUAUUAAAUUAUUUAAAAAUAACCAGAACGUGAAAUUUUAAACCUAUGUUUAAGUGAAUAAGAAUUAUAAUAUGUUUCACUUGAAAGUAUUGGUUGAUUCAACAAGAAGUGUCCAGUAUGGUAAUGAGAGUACCAUAAGAUUCAAAUCUACGCAUUUUCAGA